GAUGAGUGGAUGAUCUUUUUUUCUUUUUGCUGCGGCUCAAAAAGGGACCUCGUGACAGCUGAUUGACUCUUACUUUGAUGUAAACGUCUCUCUUCUAUUUACCGAUUUCGACAUAAAGUGGCAGCGCCGCUGUCCGUGGUCCUGAACGAGAUUUUCUGAUUGGAAGCUAAACUGACGUAGGCAACUUUCCGCAGAUAUCUGUCCACUCGCGUGUAGCUGCUGUUUUUUUUUUUGUGGUUUUUAAAGAUUAAAUUGUAAAGAUGUUGACCCCAGUUUUAGUGCAAGGCUGUAAGGCACUGUGAAUGCCUCUAUUGGGGUUUAUUUGGAGAGGUUUUCCCCAAAACUGAACGUCUUCUUCAUUUGCAUCUCACUUGUGUCUCAGGAGGGGAAAACACUCCGAGAGAAUAAUAAGACAUUCUGCAAUCACUCACUCGUUUGCUGAGCAACAGAUUGAGCAACUAGUCAGAGAGAGGAGAGGGGGGGGAGACUGUACGCCAACAGUAGCUGUAAGGGGCGGUGUCCAACACACGGAUAGAGGAGAGCUGGUGCGCACACUGGCUCCACUUUUACGCAUCAGUUGUUCGCGUCAAGGUGUCAAUGCAGAAGUUACCUGGGAUUUGGAUUUAUAUUUAGAAAACAGCACCAGUGUCUUUAUAACAUAACUCAGCUCCAAGCGGACUGUGUGUGUGUGUGUGUGUGUGUGUGCGUGUGCGUGUGUGUGCGUGCGUGUGCGUGUGAGCAAGUGGUGGACCCCCGGGGCAAGUUAUUUCGUCAUGGGAGCGCUUGGAUGGAGCCCGGCGCGUCUUGGUUGGUUUGUCGUUUGCGGAUACCUCGCGUUUUUCUGCGGGGGAAUCGUCCCGCGGGCCGAGGCGGGCUGCGGGGAGAGGGAGAGCCCCAACUGCUGCACCGGCCGGAACAACGAAUGCCUCGAGUACAGCAAGAGGAAGACGGCGUGCUACUGCGAUACCUACUGUCAGAAAACCGGAGACUGCUGCGAGGACUACCAGCGCGUGUGUCAAAUAUCUGCAGCCAUUGACUGCGUGGUGGGAUCGUGGGGCCCCUGGUCGUCGUGCACGUCCCCGUGCGGAGUUGGCAGCACGGAGAGGAGUCGCCAAGUGUCCGUCCCCCCUAGGAAUGGAGGCACGCCCUGUCCGGACCUCAAACAGCGCCGGGGAUGCUUCGGGAACAACGCCAUAUGCAGCACCGCGAAAGAGGUGGCAAAGAUCCUGCCGGAUUCUUUUAAGAGGAACUUCAAAGACCCUUGGAGGCGACCACACAUGCUGAUGAAGGAGGAGAAGGCCAGCUACUGUGUGUACCUGCGGGUGAAACAGGCUAGCGCGGUGUGCAAACUCAAACUGUGGAGCGCUCAGCUGGUGAGAGAGAGGCUGGUCUGUGCCGAGUGUCAGAGCGACGCCAUGUCAAAGUCCGACCGCUGUGGAGGCGACGGCCUGGAGAGCACCAGAACGUUCUGGGCGGCGGCGUCGGUGCCGGGCUGUCACGGCUCCUGGGUGCGAGAGUCGUCCUCCGAGGGCUGCCGGUGUCCCCCCUACUCUGUGCUGUUCGUGUGAGCCGACACGCACAACCACCGGACAUCCACGCGCACGCAGGGGACGACCAAGCCCCCCCCCCCCCCCCAACCAACCCCACACAACCCCUUCCAAUCCAGAUUAACGGACGGGUAAACUCAAGGAGAUCAGCAGCAUCCUGCCACUUUAGUUUCACCUCUCACCUCAUACUCUGUACUGGUCACAUUAUUAACUAAGCACACCGCAAAAUUCUCUAAUUUAACUUUUACGGCCACAUUGUGUACUUAUCCUCCAAAGCACAACAGCAUCUAUGUACCUUUUUUUUUUUUAACCUCUGAAUCUCUGCUAUCUACCUCCAUCAAUGCAAGUGCAUUUGUUAAUGCAUAAUGUAUAAAUAUAUGAAUAUAUUAUUUUGCUUUAUACAUUUUCUACUUUUGAGCGUUUAUGUCUUAUGUAUAUGUACCUAUAUAGCCACACUUAUUUGUAUCCAACAGUCAAAAAACACCAAACGGCAGUUGAGGCCCUCGGCCAGGGGUCCCUUAAAUGGCUCUGAGGGCUGGAGACACUGAGACUGGUUCAUCCAAAUGCUACCCAAUCACUUGAGUCAAUAUAUCUGUGUUUUUACAGUGUUGUCCCCAUUGUUGCGUCUUUUUCCGUCAUCAAAACAUUUCUACCAGCAAGUCAAGUUGAAUAUCAGGUAUUGAUUCUCAGGUGCUUGUCUCCCCCAUCGAACGUCUUCUACUCCCUCGCGUGAGCCUCCUCUUUUAGUUGCUUAAAGGGACUCAUGGCGUCUGUCGAGACCUGAUAUUAUUGGAGUGUGUGUGUGGGGGGUUGAUAGGAGAAGGAACCAUUUAGGAGGUGUGUCUCUCUGUCCUCUGCGUCCAAAACUGAAAAGAAGUUUUCUCUCCCUCUUGCUCCCUGCUCAGAAAUCCUAUCACCGUCACACAAGAGCCAUCCGAUACUAUACCUGCAUACAGCCAUGCUACUCCCACUGUGUUCGUUAACAUGAUCUGCACUUCUUUUUUUUCCUUCUCUGCCCUCUAUGGACUCUGUGUUUUCUUUAACAAAAAAAACCAGGAGUCAGUCAACAGGCACUUUCUGGUUUAAGAAGAGGACACGUGUGGUCCCAGUAAAAAGGGCUUCUCUCUCUCUCUUUCGCUCUCUCUCUAUGUCUCUGUGUUUGUGUGUUUAUUUAUUAUAAUAAUUAGUGCAGCACAGCAUACUCUGUACACUGUCCAUAAGUGAAAAAAUAAACUACUAUACUGUCA